GCACCGUUCGCUAGCCGGCUUGCAUUCCGCUGUCAAAUCGAUCCCGGCCAACCUUGUACAUGUCCCUUCAACUUAUGUAGCCGACUUGGUUUGAUGUCAUGUCAGCUCCUCAGAUACCAAACCUCCUCUCACUCCGCGGCCGAGGUGGUAUCUCCAAGGGUCGUGGUACGGGUAGAUCGCGGGGAGGUUUCACAAACCCCGCUGCAGCCCACGAUGCAACCAUCCAGGGAACUGAUACUGACGCUUCCGUGUCGAGGUUGAGUGCAGUUGAGCUUGGAUAUUUGGACGAUCCAUUCGCCCAAUACUUUGUCCAGAAUACUGGACCGUCGGUUAGGAGAUUACCCAUAAUAAACCGAGGGACCUAUACUCGAACAACUGCUCUGGAUCGCCUGGUGUCAGCCUUUCUGGCUGGAGAUGAAACAGGCUACCAUGGCAGGCGCCAGAUUGUAUCUCUAGGGGCAGGAACAGAUACACGCCCAUUCCGGCUGUUUUCGCAUCCUCGGACGCGUGGUCUGGUGUACCACGAGAUUGAUUUCCCGGCCAUAUCGGCCAAGAAGCGGACAACUGUUCAAUCUGUCCCAUCUCUCCGAAAUAUCAUCCCAGUCAACUCGGAUCCAGAAAGAGGUUAUUGGCACAACAGAACCCUGCCCAACGACUGCUCCUACUUCUGUCAUGGCCUCGAUCUUCGAGAGCUGGCCAAGGCUUCACCCGCGGACGCGGCCGGGGUAUCGAUGUUAGAAGGGUUGGAGCGUGAUAUCCCCACGCUUGUCAUAUCCGAGUGCUGCCUCUGCUACCUAGAGUCUACGCAAGCCAAUGCCGUGAUAUCUCAUUUCACCUCUCUUAUACCUGAACUAUCCCUCGUCAUAUACGAGCCAGUACGACCGUCAGACCCCUUUGGACGGCAGAUGGUGUCCAACCUUGCAGCACGGCGCAUCAGGAUGCCCACGUUGGAAGUAUACGAGGAGGUCAAGGACCAGGAAGCACGUCUUCAGGAAGCGGGAUUUGUAGAUGGAACUCAAGCAUUGACGGUGCGGGACAUAUGGAGGAGGUGGGUUUCAGGGGAGGACAGGGAACUUGUGGAUAGUCUGGAGGGAUUGGAUGAGGUCGAGGAGUGGGAGUUGCUGGCUAGCCAUUAUGUGGUAGCAUGGGGUUGGAGAGGUAGGGGCUUCGAGGGCUGGAAGUAUAUAUAAAGAUUAACGGGUGUCAUGCUACGAUGCAGGCGAUCGAAUGCAAUCAAAUCUCGGAUACGAUGUUUGCGGUGCGGAAAAAAAAAUCGCCUUGAGAUGUCCCAUGAAAGCCUAUCGUUGCGUUCAAGCUGUCCGAAACAGAAACA